CCGCGGGGACCGACCGGGCGCCGCGCUCAACUUCCACUUCUCCUUUCGCCGGCGCCGAGGUCCCGGCGCCACUUAACCGGCCCGGCUUCCGAGGGGAGAAGGUGGGCUGGCCAGGCUGGGGACCCGCGUCUCGGCCCCCGGAGCGGGGAGGGGACCACGGCGACCGACCCCGGCCCGGCGACCGAGCCCACUCAGCCUCAGGUCGCUCCUGCAGUCGGCCCAGCCCAGCAUGCAGCCUUGAACCUGGCUUAGGCUACCACCUACUCCAGCUCUCUACACCCCCUGUUUUACUGUGGCUUGGGGUGUAGGCUCUAAGCUCCAAGGUGCCUGAGCCGCAACUCUUCAUCAAGAAAACCCCGCAGCUCCAGAGGGCCCUGCGAAUCCUGCUGUCAGCUCUCUGGGAAGACAGCAUGGCUAUUACCCUGCAGCCCAGUGACCUGAUCUUUGAGUUUGCAAGCAACGGGAUGGAUGAUAUUCACCAGCUGGAAGACCCCUCGGUGUUCCCAGCUGUGAUCGUGGAGCAGGUACCCUACCCCGAAUUACUGCAUCUGUACUCAGGACUGGAGCUGGACGACGUUCACAAUGGCAUCAUAGCCGACGGGACCUUGUGUAUGACGCAGGAUCAGAUCCUGGAGGGCAGUUUUUUGCUGGCAGAUGACAAUGAGGCAACCUCGCAAACCAUGUCAACCACUGAAGUCUUGCUCAAUGUCGAGUCUCCCAACAACAUCCUGGAUGAGAAGCAGAUCUUCGGCACCUCUGAAAUGCUUCCAGACUCAGACGCUGCUCCAGCCGUCACUCUGCCCAACUAUGUAUUUCCUGUUGCUGAGCCCGAUGCCCUGAACAGGGCGGGUGACACUGGUGACCAGGAGGGGCACUGUCUGGAAGAGAAGGUCCCCAGAGAGGAAAGUGCUAAGAAGACUGGAAAAUCAAAGAAAAGAAUCCGGAAGACAAAGGGCAACCGCAGUACCUCACCCGUCACUGACCCCAGCAUCCCCAUACGGAAGAAAUCCAAGGAUGGCAAAGGCAGCACCAUCUAUCUGUGGGAGUUCCUCCUCGCCCUUCUGCAAGACAGGAACACCUGCCCCAAGUACAUCAAGUGGACCCAGCGAGAGAAAGGCAUCUUCAAGCUGGUGGACUCGAAAGCUGUGUCUAAGCUGUGGGGGAAGCAGAAAAACAAGCCCGACAUGAACUAUGAGACAAUGGGGCGGGCACUAAGAUAUUACUACCAAAGAGGCAUCCUUGCCAAGGUGGAAGGGCAGCGGCUGGUGUACCAGUUUAAGGAGAUGCCCAAGGACCUGGUGGUGAUCGAAGAUGAGGACGAGAGAAGUGAAGUCACAGCUACGUCCCCUCAAGCCUCCACUCCCUCCACCUCCUCCACCAGCACCACCCGGAGAGCCAGCUCCAGGGUCUCAUCCAGAGCCGCCCCCCAGGGCAAGGGCAGCCCUUCCUGGGAGAAGCCGAAGGUUCAGCACGUUGGUCUUCAGCCAUCUGCGAGUCUAGAAUUGGGACUGUCUCUAGAUGAGGAGACCCCCACUACCUCCACCGUGCUUGUCUCUCCACCAGAGAGCCAGGCCAAACUCACCAAAGCCGUGAGUACUACUUCUGUGCCCAGCAACAUCCACCUAGGAGUGGCCCCUGUGGGGUCAGGCUCCGCCUUGACCCUGCAGACAAUCCCGCUGACCACAGUGCUGACCAACGGGCCUCCUGCCAGUACUACUGCUUCAACCCAGCUUGUGCUCCAGAGUGUUCCGCCCGCUUCAACCUUCAAGGACACCUUCACUUUGCAGGCCUCCUUCCCCCUGAACGCCGCCUUCCAAGAGAGCCAGGGGGCAACACCAGGGGCUCCGUUGAUUCUCAGCGGCCUCCCCCAACUUCUGGCCGGGGCCAACCGUCCGACCAGUUCAGCACCACCCUCAGUCACAGGGGCUGGACCAGCAGGGCCCAGCUCUCAGCCCCCCGGGACUGUCAUUGCUGCCUUCAUCAGGACUUCAGGCCCCACAGCAGCCCCUGGAGUCAAGGAGGGGCCACUGAGGCCCUCCUCAUAUGUGCAGGGCAUGGUGACUGGGGCCCCCAUGGAGGGGCUGCUGGUUCCUGAAGACACCCUGAGGGAGCUCCUGAGGGAUCAGGCUCACCUUCAGCCACUUCCAACCCAGGUGGUUUCAAGGGGUUCCCACAAUCCGAGCCUUCUGGGGAACCAGACUUUCUCUCCUCCCAGCCGCCCCACAGUUGGGCUGACCCCAGUGGCUGAACUUGAGCUCUCCUCAGGCUCAGGGUCCCUGUUUAUGGCUGAGCCUAAUGUGACCACAUCUGGGAACCUGCUGACGAGAUCCCCAACCCCAGCCCCCUUCUCCCCAUUCAACCCCACUUCCCUCAUUAAGAUGGAGCCCCAUGACAUAUAAACAGAUGGGUUGGGGGCAGUGUGACGCACCAGGCGAGUUGAGCAGCAGUUUGAGAAGGACUUCCUCUAGCAGAGACUGACUUCAGUAGCAUACCUGCCCUUACAUUUUAGUGGGAUGUCAAUACACCGGCCCCACCCCACCCCUGCCUGGCAUCACCAUGGCCAAACCAUGCCCAGUUUGAGCAUCGCUGGGGUCAGACCAUGGCCUUCAAGAGCACUAGGGGAUAUGUUCUUGUCGGGGUAAUGGGCUGACUUGGUGAUGGAGGGCAAACCUCCUGAGAAGUGUGUGACCAGGGCUGGUUCAGGGGCUUCACAAGAAGAGUCUUUUCGCCUGGCUGUAUUUCUCUACCCACGUUCCCUCCACAGGCAACUUACUGCCCCCUAUGUGAAUAUCUCUGUACGUAUUUGUGUGUACUCGUGGGUCUGCAUCUCUGUUUCUUCGGGGAGGACGGGGGUAUAGCCGUGAGGUCUUCAAGGGUGUGUGUCUGUGGGUCAACCACAGAGAUGGAGAUUUUUUUUUAAGGGAAAGCAUUCUCUAGUUCCUUUGUACAAACCCACAUUCAGUUGCUCUGAGACUAUGGGGUACAGGUUGGAUCCCCAAAUCUAGAGAGAUGCCACAGAGCUGGCUCAGGUCCAGAGUAGGAGAGCUUCAGUGGGUGUGUGUGUUGGAGAAGAGCAGUUCUAAGGGACAAGGAGAAGGCCAAGAGGGAUAAAAGCAUGAAGAGAGGGCAGGGUACUCAGCCCAGGGAGCAGCCCCCGAGCCACCACUAGCCUGAGGUCCUCUUCCCGGAGACAGCCUCAUUGCCCACCAGUCACUUGCCAGCACACUGGGACCUUGGCACCCCCAGAGUGCUUUCGUGCAGGGUUAGACAGGGGCCAAGUGCCCCUCUAGGGUCAGACCCAGCCACAAAGUCACCAGGCAGGGCUAAAUUAGUUGACAGUUUGUGUCGCAGGCUUGGGCUGUAUUGCCAGCCUUCACUGGCACCCUGGCCUACAGUCUGGAUCCAGGGUUCCCUCUUGAUUCAUUUGCCCCCCAUGUUUCCCUGCUGUCAGGUGUUGCUGGAGAUAGUCAUGUAGCAAUGCACAUUGGGUCUGCCUCUAUUCCUGCUCGUGCACACCUGCCGCUCAGCCUGCCGUCUCCUCACCCCAUAGGUUUGCCAACCAUCCACUCCCAUGACGGCUGCGGCAGACCCCCUCGGCUGCCCUCGUCUCCAACUUUCGCACCUAACCCUGAUUACUCCUUCGCCAAGAAGACAGGAGCCCAGGGCACUUCUCCCGUCUCUGCAUGGCUCCGUGCUUCCCUCUUUCCCCUUUUUGAGGAAGGGGUCAACUGAUUCUCUCUUAAAGUCAACCCCUCAGCCUAGGGCCUGGACCUCCUCCCCGCUCUCUUUGAAUUAGCUUGCUUCUCUCCUUCCAAAUUUGGGGGCAAGGCUGAGAGCUAAGACAUGUCAGCUUCGGAAACCAUAUUUUCUGGUGAAUUUGGUUAAUGUGAAUCAGUGCCUCAGGACCCUCGCUAUGUCCUUGGUACAAAAGCAUCCACUUGACCUAACUACCUCCCCUGGUUGUUCUCUCUCUCCUGGUCACUGCCAGGGCUACAAUCGUCCUCUCCCGCUGUCUUCUUGUUCUUCUUUUCUCCCCGGGAGGGAACCAUAUAUGGUUGUGCAGGUGUAUUUAUUACACGUUUCCAGCACUUAUCACUAAAGUGCCUUUUUCUAAUAAAUCCGUUUAUUAUGACAA